AUGGAGGAGGAAACAACGACCGAAGAUCUUUCUAUCCAAGCAACUGGGAUUUUAUUGAAAUUUGCAGCGACUUGGCUUACGAAUAAUAAUGUCGAAGAACGUUGUAGAAGACUCUGGUUGCUCUUUAUUGCUUCGUCGUAUAUUAUUAGCACAUCCGUAAACAUGGCUGAUUUGUAUCACUCCUGGGGUGAUAUAAACCAGUGCGUGUUUGUAGGCAUUAACGUGGCUUGUACAAUUUUGGCGAUAUGCAAGCUGACGUUGAUAAACUAUCAUAGAAAGAAUUUUGUAGAAAUUAUUUUGUACGCAAAACGAAAUUUCUGGCAUUGCAAUUAUGAUUCGCAGGAGCUGGUCUACGUUACUGAGUGUCGUUUUAAGUGUACAUUGUGGAUGAUCUUCAUAUACGCUUUAGUUACAGGUUGCACAGUCAGCUAUGGAGUAUUGCCGUUUGCUCGGACUAUUGGAACGAAUGAAUCGGAAAGAACACUUCCGUUCACUAUGUAUGUCGAUUUGCAUUUAACUGAAACACCCUACUACCAACUAAUGUUUGCUUAUCAGUUGCUCUGUGCGAACUUAAUUGCCAUUGGGUACAUUUCUACGGACGCUUGCUUGUGCAUCCUGAAUAUGCACACGGCCUGCCAAUUUCGCAUAUUGCAACACAGAUUGCUAUCACUUUGGGAUUUUGUUAACGAAAAGAUGGAUAUCGUCGAAUACACCCACCAUUGUAACGACGAGCUGAGAUGCUGCGUUCAUCAGCAUCAAUUACUUAUCGAUUACUGUGCUAAGCUUGAAAAUGUAUAUACUAUAAUGAUUGCCGCGCAUCUGUUGUUUUGUAGUAUAUUAUUUAGCUUCGACUUUUACGAAAUACUUUUGGCAGACAUAUCCGUUGUGCAAGUAGUCAGCGCCAUUCUUAAUUUGAUGGGAACGUUCAUACCUGUCGUUAUGUUUACGUACAGUUGCCACGGCUUGGUAGAGGAAAGCGAGAAAAUUGUUAUGGCUACUUACUCUGGAUUAUGGACCACUUUGCCAAUGAACAAAGUUGGAAAAUCUUUGCGGGAAAACAUACGAAUAAUCAUGUUGAGAUCAUUACGACCAUGUUGCCUAACUGCUGCUGGAUUCUUCCCUGUGACCAUGGAAACUACUACCGCGAUAAUAAGUACCACACUUUCCUACUUUACUUUGAUAAAGGAAACAACCACAUGA